AUGAAAAAUUUUGUUGUUACCAAACAAACACCUCCUCAGACUGGGAAUAUCAGUGAUGUUCUAUCUUCCGAAGAUGCACAGUCUGCGGAUAGCAAUCAAUCAAGUUUUGCCAAUACAUCUUUUAGUAUUGAAGCACCCAUAUUAACUACUGAUGCUGAAAAUAUGGAAACGAACAGAGUCGUUGAUGAACCAAAAAGUCUUGAUAUCUGUUUAUUAGCACCAAGAAGUACGAAUGAUUCUCAAGUAAUGAAUGAUAGUGAAGUAGUUUCUCAACACAUGUCAAGUAAAUGUGAAGACGACACUUCGUCUGAUACAACAAAUAGUGAGAGAGAUGAUACAGAAGAUAGUGAUUGUAAUAUUAAUAAGACUGAUGAUGAUAAUAUUGUUCAACACGAGCACAUAGAUAUUAAUCGUCCACCAAUAAUAACAAAAUCUAUAGCCGUUGUUCGUUUUAUUAACAGUCAAGAACUAUCUUCUGUUGAUAAACAACGUGCUCAAUAUCCGAAUAUCAAAUGA